CACAUAAUACCGGAUGAACUUGACAGAAUGAACGGGAAACGCUCGCAUGUUUAAUCUUUCCGCGUCUACUUUUAGCCUACAGUUGACUUUUGAAUAUUAGUUCAUCACUUAUACUUAUACAUACACAAUACGGAAACAUCCUAAUAGCGUCUGUGAGGUUAUGCGAAACGCCUGAAAUCACCGAGGACAGUCAGGAGGACGUUCAGCCUGUUGAUGUCCGUGAGAGCGGAAAAAUCAACAUGUCGGAACCGACAGCAAAGCGAAUAAAAACUUGCCUUCCUCUCUGUAAAACACAUCUAUCUACUGCUGGGAGUCAGGUCAGACAAAACUUCCCGACUGUUGUGGAAGAAAGUCUGUGUGGAGUUUCCACUUUACUCAUGGAGGUCUCUUACAGACUGGAAGCGCUGGCCAAAAUCUUUGAGCAGAGUGACUUGUCUUUACCCAGAGUGGCUGCGUAUUUUCAUCAGGAAUCAGUGAAAGAACUAGAACGGGCAGAGGCAAUGUUGCAGUACCUGUCCCAGCGGGGAGGGAAAUUCUGCGGCAAGAACAUUCAGAGGCCAGUCACUGAAAAUGUGUGCGCCGUCCUUCCCGGUCUGGAGAUCAUGCUUGACCAGUGGAAGGAAGAGAUGAGCGUCAUGGUGGAGUUGAAUCAGCUGGCUCGUGAGUGCGGAGAUCCACACACCGCCAGCGUGAUCAAAAGUCAGUUCGUUGAGCCCCUCGUCCCAAAGGUCAAGCUCGUCGGUGACCUCUUGACCAGCGCUCGCAGAGUGGGCUGCACCAGUGACAGCACAGGGGGCUUCGGCGAGUACCUCAUCGACCAGCUACAAGAGACCCUGACUACGGCCUAGACUUCCUCUCCCAAUCACUGAGGAAGCAGAUAGCACUUAAACAGAACAAUAGACUGAGACAGAUUACGUAAAGGGGAAAGAUGCACUCACAAUAAAAGUUUUGUAUGUAACACGUAUUCAAUUGUAGGUAACUUUGGUUGCACUUAAGAUUAGAGAAUACAUAUUCACUAUUAAGUAGUUGCUUGUUAUCAUGCAUAGUACUUGAAUAUUGGAUGUUAAUUAGUACUUAUAAAGCACAUAUUACCUUAUUCUGCAUGACCUUAUUGUACAUCCCAUAAUAUACCUAAUACCUAAACGUAACAACAACUUCCUUAAUUACUAUCAAUAAUUAGGGGGUUAUUGCGGGAAAACUCCUAUUUAAUAUUGAAUAUGUGUCCCCUAAUUAAUCUAAAGUGUUACGAUUAUUAUAAUAUCAUUGCUGUAAAAUCAAGGUAUUCUUCAAUGACAAGAAUGAGAAGUUUAAAUAAGAGUUUAAACUUAUUUUCUCUUCAUGUAUUAGUGCUUCAGACCACAACAUUAGAUGCAGUAUAUGGACCACAGCUUUGGGCUGUUUAUUCUCAGUGUGUGAGAGAUUUAUUUGUAUCUUCUCAAAAUAAAUGUGCUAUAUUUGCGUAUGAAUUUGAUUUGUGAACAUUAUGUCAAAUGAAAAGGUUAUUUUAAGUUUUGACUUUUGCAUAUGAUCCUGCAGUGGUUUUAAUAAACAAUGUCCACAUUCCGUA